AUGGCUGUCAAGAAGCCUUCUUCUUCUGGAAAGCGGGGAAAGAAGGAACAAGGAAAGGGACUCGUCCACCCCACCACGGAGAACGAAGAUAACAAGGACAACGCCCCGCCCCGGGCCCCGCCCACUUCCCAAGCUGAAGGAGACACGCCCGUCACUCCAGCUUCAGGGGGCCCGGCGCAGGAACCAAUCAUCGACAGCGCCUCUGCAAAGAAGAUCGUUGCCCAGACCGUGUCAAACGUGUGUGGGGUAUUUCAACGGUUGGACCGGGAGCACGCCCGAAAAGACUGGGCCCUGGCUCCGGCGCUCAACCAGAAGAUCCAGGCGAUGAAUAAGGAGAUUGAGGGUCUACACCGGCAGAUCUUGAGGCUGCUCAAGCUCUGGAGUGCGGAGACUGCGCGGGUCAAAGAGUUGGAGGCCAAGCUGCGCAUAAGUGAUGGCAUGCUGGAGAGAAUUACCGUCUACUGGAGAGACCGCAGCGAUUCCUACCACCUGACCAAGCGCGGCUGCGCCCUCGCUGACGUCGACGACGCUGACGUAAUCCACGAGGGGACCCGCGAGGACGCGGGACGGGCGGAGAAGGGAGCCUGCCAACACUGCCUGCAUGUGUAG